UAGUACUGUGAACAGCAAUGCGCAACAAGAAUCUCGAAUGAACGACUGGAGGGGGCCUGAUGAUCCGGGUUGCCCUUACAACUGGCCGAAGUGGAAGCGCAUCUACAUGACCAGCAUUCCAGCAUUUCUUUGCAUCAAUGUGUCCUUCGCCUCUUCUGUUUACACGUCUGGAGCUAACAACAUACCAGAGCAUUUUGGAGUACAUCGCGUAGUAUCUCUGCUUGGCCUUUCCCUCUUUCUUUGGGGUCUUGGGCUCGGAGCUGUUAUUACAGCACCUGUCAGCGAGUAUUAUGGUCGCAGGAUUGUAUAUCUAACAACUGUUCCAAUCUUCGGGUUGUCCAUUCUAGUGGUUUCAAAAGGCGGAGGCACAAAUGCAGAUCUCUGGCAGCCUGCUCUAGCGGGUUUUGUCUAUCCUUUCUACUUCGUGUCUCCUUUUCUUGGCCUAGCCCUUGGUCGCAUCGUCCUCAAACCUUUCAAGAUGCUCUUCGUCGAGUCCAUUGCGCUCUUCUUGACCAUCUACAUGGCAUUCAACUUUGCCCUUUUUUACAGCUUUUUCGUCGUCUUUCCAUAUAUAUUUGGCGGCCAGUAUGGCUUCACACCUGGUCAACAGGGGCUUACCUUCAUCUCUAUUGCACUGGGCUGCGUUAUCGGCUUCCUUGCAGUGGUAUAUAUAGACCGGCGAACAUAUCCUCCAUUAGAGGUGAAGUAUGGCGUCAGCGCAGUGCCGCCUGAGUACCGUCUUUAUGGUACGAUGGUAGGCUGUGCCCUCAACCCAGUUAGCCUCUUCUGGUUUGGCUGGACUGCUGACGCAGGUGUGCACUGGCCGAGCCCCGUUGUAGCAGCUGUACCGUUUGCGGUGGGGAACAUCAUGGUCUACAGCAGCGGUGCGCUAUAUACUAUGAACUCAUAUGGUUCACUACACGGCGCUAGCGCCCUCAGUGCCAAUAGUCUCCUUCGGUAUGCAGGUGGAGGUACGUUCCCACUGCUCACUGUGCAGAUGUUCUCCUCUUUGGAAUUUCGCUGGGCGAGUAGUCUGCUGGGCUUCGUGUCAGUGACAUUGGUGCUUGUGCCGUGGGUGCUGUAUAAGUAUGGGGAGAGGAUCAGGGCGCAUAGUCAGUAUACCACUAUCGAGGAGCCGGUAUUAGGGAACUCGUUAGUGGAGUUUAGGAAUGAGAGAGAGUAG